AUGGCGGGGCAGUACGAGGACGCCUUCAGCCCCCCCCGGCUGCAGUGCUGGACCGUGCCCCGCCCCCCCCCGAAGCUGCCCACCCCUCACCCCCCCACCCCGUUCAUCGCCGACGACCGGGGGCACCUCCUGCCGCACGUGCCGCGAUCCAAGGUGUCGCCCUGGGGCACCUUCCUGGGCACGUGGGCGAUGCCAGCGCGGAUCCCCCCGGCCUGGCUGGACCGCAGCGCCCGCGAGCCCCGCGCCGCCGAACGCCUGGCCCGGGAACAGCCCCGGGCACUGCGGAGAGCCCGCAACGGCAUCCGGACACGCGUCACCGGCAAGCUGCAGGAACCCUGGGACACGGAACCUUCUGGAAAGGACCAGGGGGGUCCCAGCAGAGGCUCCCCCCACCCUGAGCCCCCCAAACCUGGGGACAACCCUGAGGGGGAACCUUGUCCCCUAAAUGCCCCUGGAGAGCGACCCUGUCUCCUAAAUCCCUCUGGGGAGGGGCCCUGUCCCCUAAAUCCCCCUGAGGAGGGGCCCCCCUGUCCCCUCAGUCCCUAUUUGGGGGGUCCCUGUCCCCAAAAUCCUGCUGGGGAGGGACCCUGUCCCCUAAAUCCCUAUGGCUGGGGACCCCCACCCCAAAAUCCCACCAGCUCCUGA